AUGCUUUUCACCCUCCCGAAUAUCCGCGUUGGGCUUCUUGUUGGUAUUGGCCCCGGCAUUCCAGACGUCGACGACGAUCCUGAUAUCUGUCUGGGUGAUAUCGUUGUCGGCAGCAGCUCCAAAAUUGGAGGUGUCAUCGUCUAUGAUUUCGGAAAAGAACUGUCGGACGGCUCUUUUGAAAGCCUUUCAGUUCUGAAUCGCCCUCCACGAUCCUUGGGCUCCGCUCUUACAAUGCUUCAGACUCAGCAUGCAAUGAAUGGAAACCAAGUGAUGCGCUUUGUGGAUCAAAUACUGGAAAGUACCCCAGCAUGCGGGACAACGGGUACACUCAUCCUGGCUUAUCAUCUGAUCGACUCUUUCUGUCUAGCUAUCAUCAUGCUGGUGGGAAAACUUGCAAAAGAUGCGAAGCAUCUCAGCAAGUUGAUCGAGAGCCCCGACUGA